AUGCACCGCUGCACUUUAAGGUUUGCUGAGCAGCGUUGGCGGUGUUCAGUGCGCCUUAUGAGCUCAGCGGCCGGGAAGAGGAGAGCUCUACGCAGUGCCUUCCCAGUGCUGGACCUGCCCCUGCAGCCCAUCCAUCACCACGUAUAUGAAGCAAACCUGAAAAACAGCAACGCCUGUCAUGAGAAGUAUGCAGAGUUCAAAGAAAAGGUGAAAAAGGGGGGAGGAGAAAACGCCAUAGCCAGACACACUCAAAGAAACCGCAAGUUGCUUGUGAGGGAUCGACUGCGUCUGCUGUUAGAUGAUGAGGACUUCCUGGAGCUUUCACCAUUUGCUGGUUUGGGCCUUCCUUAUGGGGACAUCCCUUCAGCUGGCUGCCUCACAGGCAUUGGCAAGAUCAAUAGCCUGUGGUGUGUGUUUAUUGCGAAUGAUGCAACUGUGAAAGGCGGCACUGCUUACCCAAUCUCUGUAAAGAAGCAGCUACGAGCUCAGGAUAUAGCAAUCCAAAACCGCCUGCCUUGUGUCUACCUGGUCGACUCGGGCGGAGCUUUCCUACCGCUGCAGUCAGAGAUCUUUCCUGAUAAGAACCAUGGAGGAAGAACCUUUUAUAAUGAAGCCAUCAUGUCCGCCAUGAAGAUCCCUCAGGUGGCGUUGGUAUGUGGGUCCUGCACAGCCGGAGGAGCCUACAUCCCCACAAUGGCAGAAGAGACCGUAAUGGUGCACCGGAUAGGAACCAUUUUCCUGGGGGGACCGCCACUUGUCAAAGCUGCCACGGGUGAAGAAGUGACCCCAGAGGACCUGGGAGGAGCUAGACUUCACUCUGAGGUGAGCGGCUGCGUUGAUCAUUUUGCGUGGGAAGAAAAAGAGGCCUUCGAUUACACCAGAAACAUAAUUUCAACCCUGAACUUCCAACUGCCUGAGGAAGAGGAGGACUUUGCGAAGAAGAGCGCUGUGGAGGAGCCCCUGCACAAUUCACAUGAGCUUUUGGGCCUCGCUCCUCAGAGUUAUAGCUACAGUCUGGAUGUCAAAUUGAUAGUCAGUCGGCUAACAGACGGAAGCCGCUUCCAGGAAUUUAAAGCUGGUUACGGAACUACACUAAUCACUGGCUUUGCAAAGAUUCAUGGUCACCUGGUGGGAAUUGUAGCCAAUAACGGGGUGCUGUCGUAUGAAGCUGCACUGAAAGGAAGUCAUUUUGUCCAGCUCUGUGACCAGAGAGAUGUUCCCCUCAUCUUUCUCCAGAACACAGCACCCGUAGCAGCACUCACUCUCUCCACCACACAGGCAGAGAUGAACAGUAACUGUUUGAAGGCGCAGGGUUCAAUGAUGUCCGCAGUGGCUUGUGCCUCUGUCCCGAAAAUCACGGUGGUGAUAGGUGGUUGCCAUGGUGCUGACAGCUACGCUAUGUGUGGACGGGCGUUUGACCCCAAUUUCCUGUUCCUGUGGCCCAACGCCAGAGUGUCAAUGACGGCUCCAGGUCACGCUGCCUCUUUGCUUCCCCUUUUCGAACUGGAGGAGGAGCAGAAGAAGCAGGAGGAGAGGUUGAAUAGCAAGUUGAAAGAAGAAAGCACAGCUUUCUUUUCCUCCGGCAGGAUGUGGGACGAUGGAGUCAUUCUUCCACAGGACACCAGGAAGGUCUUAAAGGACUCCCUGAACAUCAUCAAACAGCGGCAGUAUCAGCUGUCUACAGAGAAACAGCAGUCAGUUCUUCUACGCGUAUAG